AUGGCUUUGUCCCCAGCAGGCCCCAGAUGCAGUGUUGCCAACUCCUCAGCCUGCUCUGUUGCCAACUCAACGCGGAGAAGGAAGGACACGGGAGCCAGGAUUAAGCUGAAGUUUACACCGUUUUUAACCUGCGGACCGCACUACUGCUGGACAGAGUCCCGUCAUGACGAAGAUCACAGAAAAACUCCUCAUCGAGAGAGGCUCCCCGAAAUCAAGCCAACUGGAACAAAUCCACUCCUUAGAGACCUGCCCCUGGCCCUGAUGUCCCGCCUGAGGUCCCUGCAGAGGCUGGACCUGUCAAGGAACAGGCUGAGGCAGUUCCCUGGGGCUCUGCUGCUGCCUGCUCUCACACACCUGGACCUGAGUGAUAACCAGAUGGAGGAGGUCUGCAGCCUACAGCACCUGGUCUCACUGCAGGAGCUGCUCCUGGAGGACAACCUCUACAUCACUGUGAGUGAUAACCACAAACUGAUGGUGCUCCUGCCGCAGCUGCACAUGUUCAAUGGGAAGGACGUGACGGCUACAGCUAACCACCUGCGCUACGUCUACACCGACAACCUGCGCUCCAGGAUCAUGUGUGUGUGGCAGAAGAGCUUCCAGGGCCGGUCCCUGAGCACAGAGAGGACAGAGACUCUCGAGGCUGAGUUUGUCCAAACGGCCACACAACAGGUCAGGUACGGACCCAGCUCCGUCAGCGACUUCACCAAGUGGAGGGUGGGCAUCAUGGCAGCAGAGUUCUUCAAGUUCCAAAUUAAAGAGACGAAAGAGUCCUCUCCACUGCAUCAUGAGAACGUGACCCGGUUAAAGAGAAAGAGGGAAGCUUCUCCAGCAGCACCAACAAAACACACUCCCACUGCGUCCCCCAGAGCAGGUCCCACUGCGUCCCCCAAAGCGGGUCCCACUGCGUCCCCCAAAGCGGGUCCCACUGCGUCCCCCAGAGCGGGUCCCACUGCGUCCCCCAGAGCAGGUCCCACUGCGUCCCCCAGAGCGGGUCCCACUGCGUCCCCCAGAGCGGGUCCCACUGCGUCCCCCAGAGCGGGUCCCACUGCGUCCCCCAGAGCGGGUCCCACUGCGUCCCCCAGAGCGGGUCCCACUACGUGCCCCAGAGCGGGUCCCACUACGUGCCCCAGAGCGGGUCCCACUACGUGCCCCAGAGCGGGUCCCACUACGUGCCCCAGAGCGGGUCCCACUACGUGCCCCAGAGCGGGUCCCACUACGUGCCCCAGAGCGGGUCCCACUACGUGCCCCAGAGCGGGUCCCACUACGUGCCCCAGAGCGGGUCCCACUACGUCCCCCAGAGCGGGUCCCACUUCGUCCCCCAGAGCGGGUCCCACUGCGUCCCCCAGAGCGGGUCCCACUGCGUCCCCCAGAGCAGGUUUGAGAACCAGUGUGUCCAGGGGGAAGCCGGCCCUGAGUCCCCACAAGACCACACCCAAGUCUGCAUCCAAGACCAGGGAGGACCGGGUCAGCCAGCAGCCCAGCAAGAGAGGAGCUCCACACAGCAAGACUCAGGACCAGGAUCACCUACUGCAGGAGCAGAGCCCUGUGUGUCUAAGGACUCACCAUGUGCUGCAGUGUCACAGUAAACAGGACAGUAGUGAAGACCUGAGCACGCAGCUGUGGGCCUGCGCUUUCCAGCCCUCAUCCUCAGGCUCCAGUUGUGUGGUGGCCACCUGUGGAGGAGACUCUGUGUGUCUGAUCGACUGUGAGCUGGGGCUGGUCAUGAAGAAGUACAAAGUCCCUGGAGAAGAGUUCUUCAGCCUGGCCUGGAGCUGCAUCCUCAUGUCCUGUGGUCGUAACACUCCAGCUCAGCCCUGCAGUGUCCUGGCGGCCGGAGGGAAAAGGGGCGUGGUCAAACUAAUUCAUCCUCGAAACAAUGUGGCGUACGGCGAGUUCAGGGCGAGUCGCAAAGCUCUGUCUGUGCUGCGCUUCAACCCCAACAAGGGAAACUUCCUCUACACUGGUUCCUAUGACAACAAGAUUGUGCUGUGGGACAUCGGAGGAUUGGACAAUCACUACAACUACAAAGUCCUGCCACUCAUGACGUUAGAGUGCAGCUCCACCCCUCUGCACCUCUGCCUCCCGCCCACAGCCGCCCUCUCCCACCUGCUGUCAGCCUGUGACCAGGGCCUGCUCUGCCACAGCCGCCCUCAGACCUCCACUACAUCCAGGUGGCAGCAGAGGGAGGUGACGUUCCCUGUGUACGAUAAGGUGGACUCCGACCACGACUACCACACGGUGGACGGACUGUGCUUCCUCUCAGACGACAUCGUGGCCUCAAAGAACCAUCUUCACAGCAGGAUCUAUCUGUGGAGCUGGAGCCAGACCAUGUGUCAGCAGAAGGGGACCAGGAAGAGCAGCUCUGUGAGGGCCGUGGUCCUGGCUGAGCUGCAGUGGGCCUCCACCCAGGUGCCCUACCUCGCCCUCAGCACCUGCCCUGGACGCUCGUAUGUGGUGUGUGGAGACGACAAGGGACGACUGUGGACCUAUCACGUGAGGCGGCUGGAGGACCAGAGCAUUACCACACAGGUGGUGGAGUGGCCGGCCCCUCACAAAGGCAGCCGGGGGCCUCUGGAAGGACCCUCCAUCAACUGUGUGACCAUGGACCCCGAGCUGCGGUACCUGGUGGCUCUGACGGACCGUAACAUGGUGCUGGUGUGGAAGAGCGAGGCCUGA